UAUACGUGAUCGUUUAUUUUCGCAGCAACAAGUUUAAAUUAAAUAGUGCUUAGUUGUUUGUUUGAGUGUGUUUACGUAUUUAUAAUAAAUAGAACUGAAAUAAUUAUGUGCAGCAACGAAAAUUCAACGAAUCACGCGUCACAGUCGAAGCUACCCGCCAGAUUUACAUUUGAUGCUAAUAUUCCGAGAGCUAUAUUUCCCAUAGAUCACUAUAAGCUACAACUUUACCAGUACGCAGUCGCCGAACGUUUACGAUAUCCAUUACUAAAUCCUUUUCCAUCGACAUUGACUUGUUAUCCUUUAUUACCCAGAUCGCUUCAACCUGAAGAACCAAAACCGCAACAUAGUUAUAUCGGAUUAAUUGCAAUGGCUAUUUUGAGUUCUCCGGAUACUAAAUUGGUAUUAUCCGAUAUAUAUCAACAUAUUCUAGAUAAUUAUCCGUAUUUUAGAACCAGAGGACCCGGUUGGAGGAAUUCAAUACGACACAAUUUAUCAUUGAACGAUUGUUUUAUCAAAGCUGGAAGAAGUGCAAAUGGAAAAGGACAUUAUUGGGCUAUUCAUCCAGCAAACGUUGAAGAUUUCAGAAAAGGCGACUUCAGGAGGCGUAAAGCUCAAAGAAAAGUGAGAAAACACAUGGGACUGGCGGUCGACGAAGAUGGAGCAGAUUCUCCCAGUCCUCCACCACUUUCAGACAGCCCUUCAGUAAUACCUGGUCCUUCGACGUCAGUGUAUCCGAUGGUUUCAUCUAGACAUUCGACACGAAAGCGGCAGUUCGAUGUUGAAUCGCUUUUAGCACCAGAUUCGGGAGACGAAACGAACGAAGAAGACAUUGAUGUAGUUUCCAGUGAACAUCAAGAAAAAACUGAAAACAAGCAACAGUGGCCGAUGUUUCCAAUAGUGGAUUAUUAUCAAGCUCUACUCAAUACACCGUCAAUACGGCCAAUAAUUCCUGAUACCAAUAUAGACAACUCGAAGUAAUAUAUGUAUAUUUAAGUACCAAAGACAAUUAAAUUGUUUAGAUGUCCAUCAGAUAUUUAUCCUAGAAUUCUUUGUCAUUGUAAUUUAUUUGUGAUAUUGAUUAAAAGUGUUUACGGUAAUCGAA